AUGGGGGACGACAUUCCGGAGGAACUCUCAUCCAAUUACGAACAAUUUCGUGACAUCCUCUCCUCAGUCCUGAUCGAGAAGAUCACAACCCCAACCAACAAACCCAAACCAAAGCGACGCUCCAAAAAAUCUACCAUCAACGCUUCUCCCCCAACACCUCCUUCCACGUCCCCACAAGCAGACGCUGCCGACGAUCUGGCCGACUUCAUAAGCUACAUCGCAACCACCACGUUCCUCUCCCUGCCCCUCGACCUCCAAUCCCUGACCUACACAACCUGGACAGACACCCCCUCCCUGCAAUCCCUCUACAGCCCCCUACCGCUACCCAACUCGACCGUCUCGGCCAUCCUGCAAUGCCUUGACCCGUCCGUGCCGGACUCCCUUGCCGCAUACGGCAUCACAUCCCCGCCUUCCUCCCUCCAGGGGCUGACAACCACCGAGUUCUUCGCGCCCAUACUGUCUGGGUAUAUCGGGGCGCUGACCACGCCGCCGCCGCCUCCCUCCUCGACGCGGGGCAAGGUCUCGGCGUGCGAAAUCUGCGGGCGCGACUGGAUCAACCUGACAUACCACCACCUGAUCCCUCGCAUGGUGCACGACAAGGUGGUGAAGCGCGGGUGGCACCGGCCGGAGGACCUGCAAAACGUUGCUUGGCUGUGCGGGGCGUGCCACCGGUUCGUGCAUCGCUUUGCGGGCCAUGAGGUGCUGGCGAGGGAAUAUUAUACCGUGGAGCGGUUGCUGCAGGCGGAGGAGGUGCAGAGGUUCGCCGAGUGGGUUGGGCGGUUGAGGUGGAAAGGCCGGUAG